AUGGAACAUCUGUAUGCUUAUACCAAAGCGUUUAUAGAUCGUGAAACCAAAGUAUUGGAAACUGAAAUUAAAGUUGAUGAAUCUUUUAAAUCAAUUCUUGCAAAUCAAUCAACUCGAUUGAAGGGUAAAACGGUUAAACCGAUCAAUUCAAGACAAUUGAAAUUGGCAUUGGAUAAAGUUAAUGCUUUAACCAAGAAGCAUGUGAAAGAGUAUUACAGUCAACAAGUUAUAGACCAAAUUGCUCAACAAGUGGUUAAGAAUGAACAUAAAAAAAUGCUUAUUAUAAAUGACAAUCUAUCAAAGAUAAAUCUUAUUUUAGUACCAAUAAUCAUUCCAGAAGUUAAUAGAAACAAAAAGACAUUCGUUGAGUUUAGUGAAAUUAUUCGGGAACUCCCAGAAUCAAAAUAUUUGAUGCCAUAUAUCGAUCGUGAAGAAAUAAGUAGUGAUGAAGAAGAUGAAGAGUUACACAAUGAAGAACAAGAACAACAACAAGAAGAAGAUAAUGAACAAGAGAAUACAUUGGUCCAGGAUAAUCAAGAGAUUGUAACAUCUGAAGAUAAAUAUACUAUUAAGGAACAACUCAAGGCCAGGAAACAAUUGAAAGCAACCAUUAGAAAUAUGAUAAAAAAUAAGGAUUAUAACAAAUUGUUAAAGACAUAUGAAUCAUUAAGACUUAAAUUGAUUGAAUUGGACCAAGAAUUGAAUUAUAAAAUGGAUAAAUUGGAGUACCUUCUGAGAUUAAAGGGAGAUCUUCUGAAUACUUUCAAUUCUUCUUCAGAGUAUCCCUAUGGAGUAGAUGGAAAUGAUACUGAUCCAGAAAUAAAGGAUAGUGAUGAAGAGGAAGAAGUAAAUUUUGAAGGUGUACAAGAUAAUCUUAUCACUGCUGCAGGCAGUAGUGAAAGAAAUCUAUUUGCUGAACUUAAUCGGUUUAGAAUACUUGUUGAAAAACUUCAGUACAAAGUAUCGAUGCCAGACCAAUAA